CCGCCGGGCAUCGAAUUCCGUAUUUCCGAGAAAUAAAAAUUUCAAUUUCAAACGAGAUUGUGCGAGCUGGAGCUGAAACUUGUUGUUAUACAUUACAUUUUAUUUAGAAUUUACAAUUUUAAUCGAUUUUUCCAUUAGUAAUAUGAAGCUAUCGCCAAUAUCACAGUAAAACAACACAGCAACAGAAAGUUCUUAUAAUCCAGAACUGGGCAUCGGUGGAUAAAUAUAGCCAAGAUGUCACUGUGGGCGAGAGCUCAACAGCUACCUCCAGAGAGCCUACAGAAGGUCCGUGCCAUCUAUGGAGAUCAUUUUCCUAUUGAAGUUCGCCAUUGUCUGGCAACAUGGAUAGAAAGUCGCAUUUGGACCCCGGAACCAGAAGAGCAGCAAAGGUUCUUUGUUGAGGAGCUAGUGCAGGAGAUUCAUACCAAUGCUGAGCUGAUGUUGUCUCCUGAGAUGUUUGUUACCAAGAUGAAGUUGCUGGAGGCGGCUAAGAUCUUCAGAAUGCAGUAUGGGCACGCCCCUCACGAGUUGUACACCUACAUGCGCCGGUGUCUCGCGAUGGAAGUGGAGGUGAUACAGGCCGCGAUGGGCCCUUAUGCGACUCAGCCACAGACUGAGAGGAAAUACAGUGAGCUGAUUACGGGCUUACAAAAUGUCCGUCAGAAAGUGAAUAUGGCGAGUGAGGAAAUACGGAGCUUGCAAGCCAACAUUGAAUCAUUCUCGCUCCAAUACCACGAGUGUCUGAAGAAUAAAGGACACAUAAAUUACUUGCAACAAUCGGGUCCCAUGACGAACGAUCGCCGAGAACUUGAAGCAUGCCUUCGUGUGCAGAUUGAAGAAAUGGAACGGAAACUAAAUGCUCUGGUCGCACAAAUCAAUCAGUCGCAAAUGGAACUGGUUGACCAUAUGAAGGAGAACAUCGCCAAUUUGAGACAACUGCAGAGUCAAGUUCUUGAUGAAGAGCUUAUUAAAUGGAAACGUGAGCAACAGUUAAGCGGAAAUGGCGUUCCGAUGCAAUCUAACCUUAACACUAUACAAGAAUGGUGCGAACUCCUUGCCGACCUAAUAUGGAGUACCAGACAGCAAGUGAAUAAUGUUGCAAGAAUCAAUAGCAAGACGAUCGUCGAGCUACGGCAGCCGCAUUUGGUGGAAAUGCUCGACGAGAUGAGUAAACAGGUGACAAGUUUAUUAUCUACGCUGGUGACAUCCACGUUCGUAAUUGAGAAACAGCCACCACAAGUUAUGAAAACUAAUACACGUUUUACGGCAACCGUUCGCCUGUUGGUGGGUGGUCAACUCAAUGUACACAUGACUCCACCACGAGUUACCGUGGUGAUAAUAUCCGAGCAACAAGCUCAAUUGUUAUUGAAGAGUGAUUCCCAAAGUGGGCGUGGCAAGCAGCCUGUGGAAUGUGGGGACAUUCUCAAUAACAGCGGGUGUAUGGAGUACCAGCCUACCAGUCGGCAGCUUAGCGUCAGUUUCAGGAACAUGCAGCUACGCAAAAUAAAGCGAGCUGAGAAGAAGGGAACAGAGAGUGUGAUGGAUGAGAAGCUAACUCUUCUAUUUCAGUCUGAGUUCAACGUCGGGGGAGGGGAACUUGUCUUCCAGGUGUGGACCCUAUCUCUGCCAGUAGUGGUGAUAGUCCACGGAAAUCAAGAGCCCCAUGGCUGGGCCACAGUCACAUGGGACAAUGCUUUUAGCCCCCCAGGCAGAGUACCCUUCGCUGUCCCAGAUAAGGUAACUUGGUGUCAGUUGGCUGAAACUCUUCGCAUCAAAUUUUGUUCAGCAACUGGUGGCGAUCUGUCUGAGGAUAAUCUGAGGUUCCUGGCCGAGAAGAUUUUUAGUAUAAUCUCCAGGACAAGUCUCCCCAUGAACACCAUGGAGCUGAACGCCAUGACGGUCAGCUGGACCCAGUUCUGCAAAGACGCACUACCAGAACGGAAUUUCACCUUCUGGGAGUGGUUUUACAUGGUCGUCAAGGUUACGAGGGACUAUCUGAGGACGCUCUGGUGUGAUCGUCUGAUAAUGGGUUUCAUCCAAAAGAAGCAAGCAGAGGAGAUGUUGGCUAAAUGUCCUCCCGGGACAUUCCUACUUCGCUUCUCGGAUUCUGAACUCGGUGGAAUCACUAUCGCCUGGGUUGGAGAUGGAAACGAAGUGUUCAGCCUACAGCCGUUCACAUCCCGUGACCUGAUGCUGCGAUCCCUCGCCGACCGAAUCCUGGAUCUGUCCCAGCUGCAGUUCCUUUACCCCAACGUGGCCAAGAAUGAUGUCUUCUCCAAGUAUUAUACUAAGCCUGAAAAUGACGUCCUAAAGAACGGCUACGUGAAGCCUGUGUUGGUGACGACGCUGCCCCCCUACAUGUCCCCCUCUCCGGCGUACGCGCACUCGCCCGACUCGCACCGCAACACGCCCUCCGUGCAUAACAGGUACAUGAUUGACUUCUGAAGCAUGAAGAUUUUGUUUAAGUUUGUUUUAGUAGUCACAUCCAUUUUUUUUAAGUAUUAUUUUUCCAAAAAAAUCAAGACUGCUUUUAAAAAUGAAUUAAAAAUCUCAAUGAAAAAAAAAUGCAAUAUUUUAGUAUUUUUACUAGAUUUAAGUUUUGUGAUUUAUUCGUAGAAUAGGUUUAGAAUUAAGGACAUGGAUAUAAGCUUCGAAUUCACCUUCAGUUUAUUCAAAAAAGCUGCCAAAAUUGUUAUUAAAAAAAGCUCAAAGGUUGGGCUACCGUCAUAUCUAAAGUAAAAUCAACGCUAUAGUAUUGAUAGUAAGGAUGUAGCUAAUGAUUUUGGACAAGAUUAUGAAUCGUCAUAAAUACCCGAGAUUUAUCGAUAAUCUCACCCAUCUCUCUGAAGAGCAGAAAGCUUGGGUUGAGGCCUUAAUUCUCGUAAUUUUUGUGUUAUAUUUUAUGCAAAUACCCUCAUAUGCAUAAAAUCCUAAUCUUUUUGCGAAGUUGUACUCAAAUUAUUCAUCUCUUUUUGACAAAUUGUGCUUACGAUGUGACAGCUUUAGGUAAUACAGUGCAGAGAUUUAGAUUUUCAAAUAUGAAGGUAGUUCACGAAAAUUGUUAAGCUACUACAUAUACUUUUUAUACAUUUAUUUUUGUCGUUUCAUUUCUUUUUUAUUAUUAUUUGCGAAAAUGGAGUUUGUAAGAAGCUUAUGACCUUCAAUAGGGACCAAUUUUUACAUUUCCAGUGUCAUUUACUUACUCGUUAGCCUAUCUGUUCUAUGCUAUAUUAAAUAUGCACUGUAUUCUUAUUAAAUAAAAUGAUUCUAUUUAAGAGUUUUGUCGCUAAUGCCAUGAUAUACAUUAGAUUACAUCCCUCUUAUAUCCUCGUAUACGAUUAUAAAUUGAGACUGCAGUCAAAGAGGUAUUAGGACACUUGAAUCUAACUUAGCGCAUAUCAGUCGUAUAUCAAAAUCGUGGUACGAAUCGAAACUCGACUCUCAAUCUUAAAUAUCGUUGAAUAUUGUAUUACGUAUGAAAUAUGUACUUGAUAACGACUCAUGCGCACCCAAGACUGGUUGGGUUACAUGUUGGGAACGAAGUUGUACUAGCUUAUUUAUACACAACCGUUUAAUAUGGUGUAAUAUUUUUUUAUAGUUGCGGAACGACAAUCCUUCAACUAUAAGUGGACCAAAACUAAAAUAUACAAAGUGUAAUGAAGAUCGAGAAUUUAACUUUCUUGCAAUGUUAUUUAUCCAUUAAUAAGUGAUUAUUAAAUCCGUAAAACAAAGUCUUUAUCGCUUUUCAGUGAUAAAGUAUAUAUAUACAUAAUAAUGAAGUAUAUGAAAUAAUAUAAUCACUCAAAUAUGCAGUGGUUUGCGCGUAUAACGGGAACCACUAAAUUUAGUAUACUUAGUUUAUAUUUAAAACCUUUGCACACAGUUAUUCAUUGGUACAUAACAUUUACUGGGAAUAUCAGAUUGACCCAUAAGUUAAUUUAAUAUAAAAAUUCCCAUUUCAUGCAAGAAUCUAUUAAAUUUUCGGUUUUCAUUACCUUAUGUAGAUAGUCAGGAGAGAAAGCAUGUCUGUAUAGACGAUUUUACGAAGUUGAGUUGUUAUAACUAAUUGAUGUUUUCGAUGUUAUGUAGAUAGGAAUCAAAUUGGUGUUAAAUGUUGUUGUUCUCUUGCCAAAAUAAAUGUUAGAAAUGCCUUCAUAAAGGGACAAAUCGCUCCUGUAUUUGAAUUCGACUAUGUGAAUUGUCAUUUAAAUGUCAAACUGACGUAAUUGCGCCCAUUUGUGAAAUUUCGUUUUGGUUAUAUGUAUAUUCUUUAAUAAAAAUAUUUUGAAACUGUCUGAAAAAAAAUAGUGUUUUUAGAAAUGGACGAACACUGAUGAAACAAAUAUUUGGUUAUUAUUAACUAUGCAGCACUAAAAAAGCAAAGUUUCCGGUGUGAACUAUUUAGUAUUAAUUAAAUUAUGAGGAGUAAAAAAAGUGAUAAAAUUCUAAUUUAAACUAAUUUUGACUGUUUCUUAAUUAUACAAAGCCAUUUUAUAUAUGAUCCAAGCUUAAUUAAACAUCGAAAUACAACGAUCGUUAACAGUAUUUUUUAAAUAUUAGGUUAGUAUAAAGUAUGUCAAUUAAAAAAACUACAUAUCAUGUUUGAAAGUGCCGAUUUCCUUUCUUAUAUUCAGAGCUACUAAUAUUUCAAACAUCUAUGAAUCGUAUUAAAACGUUUUAUUUUAUCUAUGUAUUAUCGCGUUUAAGGAAAUAUUGAACAAUUGUUACAUGAUUAAAAGUGAAAAAUUUCCUAUUUAAAACAUUUAAUUGUAACCCACUCCGUCCUGAAUGUAUAAAAAAUAUGUUUUUCGAAGCCUAUCAAAUAUAUUGGUAAUUAUAUAUCUACGCAUUUAUCCUGUAUGGUUAAUUUACUACUUAAUUAUAUAUAUCGUAAUUUGGCUCGACAUAUUGAUUGUAUUAUUUGAUCUCGAUUGAAAAUAGAACUGUGAACAUAUCGCACAGAUAACAAUUGUCCAUAGCCAAUAUUCUGAGAAACCUUUAAGCUGUAGCACAGACUAGUAUUGUAAAAAAUACUGAAUCACAGAUUACGUGACAUUGUGUGGUAAUUGAUUGAAUGUAUAGACUAUAGAUGUUAAAUGCACAAAAGUAUUGUCCGAGUUUAGUAAUGAUUUAAAGCUUUUUAAUGGAUGUGACUAUUAUGAUUAUAUUAAAUGUGCUCAAAGAUAGUCUUGAUAAAAUGCGUUAGAAUAUUAUUUUUUAAUAUUAGAUUGGUAUUUGUACGUAAAAAUGUAUACGAAUAACUCCAGAGUGGAAGAACUCCGCCACUGUUUGAAAUAUUAUGUGUUGUUUUUAUUUGUAGGGAAACACAUAUAGUAACUGAUAUACAGGGUUAUUGGUAAUUCGACGGUUUCUUGUUGAGAGGUGAUAGAUAACUUAAAAUAAUUUUAGCUACCGUAUCUAUCAAAAUUGAACCGUAUGUGAAUUCUCAUGUUUAGUCGUUUUCUUUCCAAAAUAAGUCAAAAAUGCAACGCCAAAAAUUUGUUUAAAAAACGUAGCUACCAAUUUUGAAUAUAUUUUAUCUUCUGAUUAAUAAAAAACUAUAAAACACUGGUUAAUAACCGAUAUUUAAAAAAAAUCUUAAAAUUUAAAAUUGCGUUUUGAAAACUGAUUUACUUUAGUUUUUUGAGCUGGCGAUAUUUUAGGCUGGGUGUUAAAAUUAUUGCAAAUAGUCAUCACUUAUCCUAACGGGAUCAAAUAAACCCAAACCCUGUACAUAUAUAGAUAUCAACAUAUAUAUAUUUUUUUAUGUUUCUUGAUAAAGUAUGUCGUUUUUACUCAAGUGAAACAGGCCGAGAUUAUAUUGCACUGUGAGAUGUUAUUAUUAAUAUUGGUUUAUAUUUUAAUGAGACAGCAAAAUAAUUGUUUAACAAUCUAUCGCAUUUUAUUAAAUUUUAUCAACAUAAGUGUUAUGAUAUAAGCAAAAAUAAGUAUAUUACUGUUUAAUUUGACUAGAUAUAAUAAUAAAUAUACAUGACAAUGUUGUACGUUUGGAUGUAUUUAUGAUAAAUAUAUGUGAGAUUUCAAUAGAUU